AUGGUGCUGACAUCGACACCGCGCCGAGGAUUGCACAUUCCGAGCACUUUUGCGCACGAUGCUCUUUUACCGAUGGUGAAAAUCGUUUCUCUCGAAAAAUCUUACGAAAAUUAGAAUUUUCAGGCCCAAAACUCGCCAAUUUCAAUGCGAUACUCGGUUUCUUGCGGCGGAAAAACGGGCGGUGAAAGUCAGCCGUCGGUGAACGAUUUGAACAACGAAAAUAGAAAAAUGGAGAGGAAGGCGGUUAGUUUUUAGAAACAUUUUAAGAAAAACUUUUAAAGAAAAAUCCCGCUUAGAUCCACUGGAACAUGCUGCUUCUCCUGUUCAUGACCGUUUGCUCGGCGCUUUUCUCAGUCGUCGCCUUGCAAUUCCACUUUUCCAACACGGACCGCUUUCUUCGGUCCGCGAAGGCUUCCGCGUCGCAUCGCGGCGUUCCGGACGUCAUCCGCGACGUCAUCGCCUCGUUCGACGUGGCAAUCGUCGUACUUUCGGUCGUGGCCUUCUUCGUUUCCGCCCUCCAACUCCUUUUUCUCAUCAAAAUUGUCAAACAGACUCCGCAACCGACCGAUAUAGAUGUGUGAGUGACCGAAAAAGGUUACUUUAACAAAAUGUUGAUAUUUUUAGAGCUCUACAAUACGUGCGAUCGACCAGUUUCCUUCGAAUCGUCGCCUUCUCAUUCUGGUUCGCCUCUAUCAUCAUUUUUGUAAUUGGUGAGUAAAAUUCAGCUAGUCUUCUGGAAAUCUGGGAAUUUCAGUGCUGAUGCUGACUUGCUCGAUCGACCCGUCGCGAUCUUUGGCCUCCAAAUGCGUCGCCAUUACUCUCGGCUCUUCGGCGGUCCUUUUAGCCGUCUGUUUCGCCGUCAAAACUCUUUAUUUUUGGGCGAAACUCUCCUACGGACACGUUUAUCGCGACGAUUGCUACAACUAUCUCAGCACACUUGUCUAG